CAGCUCUAAAAAUUUCUUGGUCAAAACGCCGGAAAAUAGACGGUCUAUGGUAAAAUUCUAUUAAUAAAGUUAUUUAACAAUACAUCAAGAUGGGGCGACGCUCCAUAAAUACCACUAAAAGUGGCAAAUAUAUGAAUCCAACAGACCAAGCCCGCAAGGAGGCGCGGAAAAAGGAGCUCAAGAAGAAUAAGCGACAGCGCCAAAUGGUUCGAGCUGCGGUGCUUAAGAACAAGGAUCCAUCACAGAUACUUGAAGAGAUGGAGAAGAUAGACGAGAUGGAGUACAAUGUGCUGCAGCCGUCGCCUCUUAAUGAAAAGGUUCUGCGCGAUAAGCGAAAGAAGCUAAAGGAGACCUUCGAUCGUGUUAUGCGACUCUAUCAUAACGAUGAGCCAGAACACUGGGCGGAACUGAAGCGCAAGGAGGUAGACUACGAGAAGAAACGACUGAAAAAGCAACAAUAUUACGAAAGCGUUAAGCAUGCUCAAAGCGUGCAAGUCGAUGAAAUUCCACUGCCAGCGCCAGUGACAGCAGCCAAUGCCAGUGGAACCGGUGCGAGCACAGCGAGCAAUAAUAACAUCAUCUUUCCAGGUGGUUCAGGUGGCAUCCGUAUGCCACCGCCCCCUAUGACGUUAGCCCUACCGCCUUUUGCCCCUGGUGCACCGCCGGGAGUGGCUAAGAACAGCGAAGCUGCGGCUGAUUUGCACUCGGAUAAAUCCAAAGAUGACGACGAGAAAGAAUGGCUGGGUGUACCGGCAGGGCCGCCGCCAGAUUUGUUUGCCAUGCCGGAGCUCGACUCGGAUGCAGAAGGCAACACCGACUACGAGGGUGAUGCAGAAGAAGCGGCCACCAGCCCCAAGCUGCAGCAGCGAAUGCAGAACAUCGACGACUUCAUGAAGGAAAUGGAGCAUGUGCACAAGAGGAAGCAUCGCAAGCUGCAGAGCGACGAGGAACACGAAAGGGAAACAGCAAACAAAGACGACAAGCGGGACAGCGCUUCAGAGAGUAAAUCUCCGCCAGCCCGGCGCCGUUUAGCUAGCAGUCACAGCAGCAGCAGCAGCUCGAGCAGUGAAGACGACGAUGACGACGAAGAAGCGAAUGAGGAUGUCGGCUCUGAUGCCGAUGCCAAGCAGCCCGCAAAAGAGACAGUUAAGCCAGUGGCAGCUGCUGCGACGACAGUGCCAGCACCGCCAACGGCGCCUUCAUUGCCUGCCAUCCCACUGCCGCCCAGUGCGCCGGCGCUGCCACAGCUGCCGCAAUUGCCGCAUUUGCGUAACAUCGCGCCGCCGCCGGGCAUCAUGUUCCGACCGCCCCCUAUGCGGCCACCUGGGCCGGGUCUGCCCGGCUUUGGUCUGCGCAUGCCACCGGGGCCCCCGCCAGGCACACGACCGCCGCACGCUCUGGGCCCGAUGCCGCGCAUGGGCAUACGCAUGCCGCCGGGUCCUCCGCCAGGUUUGCCGCCGCGCAUGAGUGGCCACCAUCCGAAGCAUGGCAACGCCAAUGCGCCGCCAAGCAAAGAGCCUGGCAAAGGCGUCACCAUCAUCACGGCAAAGCCCCAAAUCAGGAAUCUGAGCGCCGAUGUCACACGAUUUGUGCCGUCCACGUUGCGCGUAAAGCGCGACGAUCAGCGACGGGCCGCGCGGAGCAAGCAGCAAUCCGGCGUCCACGAAGUCGGUGAUCGCGGUGUCCACGCCCCGCCCGAGACCCACAAGCCGCCCACCAAGGACGACGCCUACCUGCAGUUCAUGAACGAGAUGCAGGGCCUGCUGUAGCACGGCAGCCGCCUGCUCCCGAUGGCCAGCC